GACGUUUUCCCAUCGUCGUUCUCGUACGCCGGCAUCCCACCGAUGCUCGACGUCGAGCAUUCCAUUCAUCUUGUGUCUGACUAUGGUGUUCACCAUCAGGCAAACUACAGACUCUCGAUCCCCGAGGCCACCGAACUCAAGCGUCAGCUUGAGGAGCUCCUGAGACUGGGUUUCAUUAAACCCAGCAACUCCCCGUGGGGUGCGCCCGUCCUCUUUGCUCGCAAAGCGGAUGAGACUCUCUGUCUCUGCAUCGAUUAUCGCAGUCUCAACCGCUACACGGUUAAGAACAACUACCCCAUGCCUCGUGCCGACGAGUUGUUCGACUGCCUAGCAGACAACCGCUUCUUUACGAAGAUUGAUCUUCAUAGCGGUUACCAUCAGAUCCGCGUCACUGCAGAGGACCAGCCGAAGACCGCCUUUCAGUCGCGCUUCGGCCACUACGAGUUCACAGUGAUGUCAUUUGGCCUCACCAAUGCACCCGCCACCUUCCAGAGGGCGAUGAACGAUAUCUUCAGGGACAUCCUGGAGCAGUACAUUCUCGUCUACCUCGACGAUAUCCUGAUCUACAGUCGUACCCUUGAGGAGCAUCUAAGACACCUUCGCGAAGUCCUUGACCGCUUGUGAAGACAUGGCUUCUACGCGAAGCUGAGCAAGUGCCGCUUUGCCCAGCACAAAGUGGAUUUCUUAGGACACUACGUGUUUGACCAGG